GUCGGGUCUAUUCUGCAUCUUAGUCAAUGAUACAGCAAUAAAGACAACAAUGUCGACAGUUUUGUACGAUGAUGUAAAUUACAGUCGGUAUAUCACGUUUAUCGUUGUUUAGUCUCGUUACAAAUUUCACUAAAGUGGCUUUUUAGUAAAGCUCGUGCCACGAGAACAACUCGUUCGACGUAUUAUUAACAAAACAAAUUAGCAUUGGGACACAAAAAUUUUGCCCUUUCGACGAUAGUGCGUACAAAAUAACGCAAAUUGAGAUUUCAAAAUGAUGGAUAACGUUAUGCGACGGAUCAUUUGAUACUAUUGACAUACGUACACGUUUCUUGCUUUCUUUCCUAUUGCUUACUUGUGAUAACAUGCAUAAGAUUGUACUUCCUGCAUCAUUUGUCACUUAAGUAUGUGUUUGUCACUGAACAAAGCGGAUGAUCUAAGAAAUGUAUGAUAAUCGUAUCGACACAGAGAUAUAUUGGAAUUGAUCUUGAAAUUAUCGUUAAAAUUUUUUGGUCUUUGUAAAUUGAAAAGGAUACGAAAAUGACUAACAUUCGAGAUGAAGCUGUCAUGCAAGAGAUAAUGGUACUUGGAAAACUUUUGCACCAGAAUGGGGAAAAAGUGUUAAAUGCAUCUGGCAAGCUCUGUUUGUCCGCUAGUUUACUGUAUAAUUUAAACGAAGCUUUCUCUUUGGUUGCCAAUGGAUGCGAAGAUUUGGAAGCUUCGUUUCAAGUGUGCAAUAGCUCAAAGAUUGACAUAUUUCACGAUCUGAAAUUUCUACAUGACUUUGUACAGAAGACAAUUGGACUAAAAGUGACUUAUUGUCCAACCAAUCCUAAGAUACCUGUUGACGUUACUAAAUUUAAAUGUUUGAAAUAUCUAGAAUUAAAAAAAAUCAACGUCGAUACUGUAGAAGGACUUAGACGCGUUAGAGGCCAACUUGAAAGCAUUAUCUGUGCUGGUAGAAAAGGAGUUUCUGAUUUGAAACAGUUGUUGGCAAAUUGUGGCGGAGACACUGGCAUUGGAUUUGUGUGGGGCUCUUUGAAACAUUUGGCAUUGCCGCACAAUGCUCUUGAAAAAUUGGAUACGUCUUUAGAGUUAGUACCUUGGUUACAAGUAAUAGAUCUAAGUCAUAACUUGAUAACGUCUGCAGAUGAAUUAUCUUGUUUGCCAAAUUUGAAACAUGUAAAUCUUGGAUAUAACAAACUUGAAAGAGUACCUACCUUUAACGAAGCUGCGUCACGCUUAUUGCAAGUACUAGUUCUGAAGAAUAAUUACGUAGAAAACUUGGAUGGUAUGCAAAGUUUAGAAUGUUUAACAGAAUUAGAUUUAUCGUACAAUUGUCUGAUGGAACAUUCAGUCUUGCGGCCUUUGGAAAAAAUGUCUGCUUUGUUAUGGGUAUCGUUAGAAGGCAAUCCCUUAUCGUAUCAUCCGAAACAUCGAUUAUUAUCCGUAAAACAUUUACAUCCAGCUUUGAGCGAUAGCAAGGUAGAGCAUAGGCGCAAUGUGCUGUACUAUUAUAAAACGUCAGUUUUCCAACAAAACGUUAUACAUCAUUCGUCGUCUUCAAGAACGGAGAAACAAAUUAUUGCAGAUAAUCGAUUCUUUACGAUUAGAUCUGAAAAAUCCGCGUCAAAGGAAUUGCUCGAUUCAGUAUCAAACUCUUCCUUAAAUUCCAGCACCUUCUCUGUGCCUGUCGACGCAUCUACGAUUAACGAAUUUGUAGCAGGAACGUCGGAGAGAAGAGAUAGUAUAGAAAGAAACUUACCUAAAAGUAAAAAGAAAUCGCAUAACAUAAAAGAAGCAGUUAUCGCGGAAGUUGAACAUGAAAAAAAAGAUGUAAAAGCAGAUCCUAGUAUUUCUUAUUUAGAAACCUCGAAAAGUCAUUUAGAAACGAAGAAACAAAUUUUGGAGAUACGAAGAAGAUACGGAGAAGACAAGUGGUUAAGUAGUCAAGCUGGGACAUUUGUUCAAGAUAUUAUGGGAUUACAACCUCCGACGUAUUCGGUAACGUCGGAAUUUACGAUAGAAAAUUUAGAUGCUACAAAUAUACCCAGUAUCGAAGAUUCUGCGAGUCUCUUGACGAAAGAUGCGCAGUCUGAAUCUUUGACGGAAGCGACUAGUGAAUUUAACAACGAAAAUGAAGAUGAAACUAAAGUAUUAACCGAAGAAGAGAAUAUUUCCGAAGUUGCAUCGAAUAAUGAUGCGAACGCUCUUGAGAAUACGUCCGAACCUGCGUAUGAUCCAGAACAAGUGUUAUUCGAGAGAGAGAUUCACUUACUGGGAAAUUGAGAUGCUGUUGGUCAACGAGUUCCGUCUUAUCGUGUGUACUUGGCAGGAGUGAACCAGUAACGGUAGAUAUGAUUUUUGAUACCACACGAGAACAUCGCCAAAACAGGAGAUAUUUUGUAGAACUAAACACUGCAAAAGAAAUAGUCGAAAUAAUUAACGAGAGAAUAAAAACAACACCAAUAUUGUUAAAAGUUUUCAAAUGCAUGAAAUGUUCGACUCAUUUUUCUCAAGAUUCAGAGUAUAUUACUUUUAUAAGUUCGUCUGCAUCAGCUACAAAUCAGUUGAAAUGCCCCACCUGUGAAAGUACUUUAGUUAUAGAAAUCGACGAAUUAUCGACUUCGAACGUAGAAAAUAAUACUCCCGAAGAUUUAUCGGAGAACGUGACCAAAAAUCAACAUUCGAUGAACCCAGCAAAAUCCGAUUUGCAACAUUCUGGAUCUUCCUCUAGUAUCGGUUCAGCAACGAGUUUGGAGGAAUCAAGGGAAUCGACACCGUCUGCAAAUGCGUUAGAUAAAAAAUAUGAAAGUGAUAUAGAAGUGCUUAGCAAUCCGAGUCAGAGUAGCAUCGAGGUUCUAGAUGAUGGGUCAAGAACACAUCUUACACCGCAUAGAAAGCGCUCUUCAGAGGAAAGACGGGCUGCUGUUGUUCCGUGUCUUUUGACGAUACCAGAUGCAGCACCAAUCGUGACUGGUUUAACAGAGAGUAGUUCUUCGGGUUCUUUGACGGAUAGUGUCUGUACCGCGUACGAAAAUAAAGUAACCAGACGAAUAAGCGUGGAUGAAAAGUCCCUUAGUAACAAUAAUAAAGAGAUUAAAUCUUCGCCUGUGACGAAUUUAACUUCUAUGCUAGGAGGAUUACUUCAAAGUAUAAAAAUUGGUAGUAAUAAACCGUUAGAGUUAAAAACGGAACAAGCGUCGCAUUUAAUGGGUAGUAAUGUUCGGUAUUCUUAUACGGAUUUCAACAGUAUAGAUCAUAGAAUAAAAUUACAUAUCAUUUUGAAUAUAUUCGAACAUGAAAACGAAGAGCUUAUUCUUCUUCUCAGAAGAAAAUCCACAACGCUGGCUGCACAAAGAAAUUAGCUGGACGAUAGACAGAUUAAGACGUUUCUCGCCGAUACCAUUUAAACAAGGUGUUCUAAUUGAAUUAGAACAACCUAACAAAACAAACGACGAACUGAAUUCUACUAUUACAUUUCUCUGCGUUCUGCAAGACUUACAAAGAACGCUCAAUUUCUUGCUUUACGUUACUGAUUUCUUGUUACCACCUAUUUGCGAAGAAGUUGAACUCAAAAUAUCAGAACGUUGUACUUCUCUGAUGCGCCAAUUGUUAAAAAAUUGCAAAAAUUACCAGGAUAAAGAUACUGUUAGACACCUCGCUUUAUUCUCUUCUGCGUUAUUGAGAUAUCAAGACCGAGAAGUUCAACUUAAAUUAUCUAGCUUAGUAAUAACUGCUUCUGUUUUGGUGAUAUGCAAUAUGCAGUGGCUUCUUCCAGGCAAUAAGGAAUCACCGUGCGUAUUGAGAGAACAAACAAUGAGCAAUUUGAUUGGAGUUGAACAUUGUAACUCUUCGCUAACCUUGAAUUUCUUAGACGAAAUAGUAGGAGAAGAAGAAGCAUGGAUUUUGAACUUUGUUACCACGAGCGCUGCUGAAGUAGUUAUUACUUCUAUACGAUCUCCAUGGGAGGAAUUAUUUUCGAUUCCUUUACAAAAUAUGAUUUCCAAAUCACAAGAUAACGCGAGGACGGAAAACUAACACGUACAGGAAAGUAUAUUCUAGUCAAAUAAAACGUAUCGAAUGAAUUUCUAAGCGAAUACAGGUUUAUAUCAAAUUCAUAGUUUACGUAAUUUUGUACGUGUUACUCACGGACAAUUAAUUUAUAAAAAAUUUGUAAUUUAAUUACACGAAGAAAAAAUAGUAUGACAUUUGACGAACAAAAAUAUACAAAAUUAUAUAAUGUAACAAAUACUCUGUCGUAGAUUAAUACUAAUUUUUAAUUUGACGUAUUUUGUAUUUUUCUUGGAGCUGCUUAUUUAUGAUAAAAUAAUGAUGUUGUAAUAUUUAUGACGAAGAAAAUACCAUGUAAAAAUAAGAAAAAUAUUUAAAUAUUUAAUGUAAACAGUUAUUUUCGUAUCUAAAAAAAUUAAUUAUAUGUACACAUAUAUUUAUGUUGUGUGUGUGUGUGUGUGU